UUCAGUGUGUGUCGUGGGCGAGAGUCGUGCGCACGGCCGCGCGCUCCCGGGAGACCGGGGAAGUUUCACGCGCUCGGGAAACUUUACACAAACAUUGGGACCAACGAACAAUAACAUGCGCUCAUGUAUAAAGAAGCAAACGUUCUGGAUCAUUCUAGAAGUUAAUUGGUUUCUUUAUUACUGAUUGACUUCUUUGUAAAAGUGCCAUGGCAACCAGAGGCUUUGCUUGAGAGCAGAGCCGGUCGGCGUGCCUAGAAAUAUGCAGCAGCCUUGGUGGUCCAUAUACUUACUGGCUAUAUUCAUGCUAGGACUAGACUCGAAGCUAGUUGGCCAAGCAUUUCAACCAGAAUUUGCUGAGUCACUAAUGAAUCUGACUGUACCAAUCGGCCGGGAUGCAACUUUCAGAUGUCUAGUACAAAACUUAGGCGGAUACAGAGUAGGAUGGGUAAAAGCCGAUACUAAAGCCAUUCAAGCAAUACACGUCCACGUAAUAACAAACAAUCACAGAGUCGGAGUAUCACAUAACGGUCAGACCGUUUGGAAUUUACACAUUAGAAACGUCCAGGAGGAGGACCGGGGUCAAUACAUGUGUCAGAUCAAUACGGACCCAAUGAAAAGCCAGAUGGGCUACCUAGAAGUGGUAAUCCCACCAGAUUUUAUACCAGAAGAGACUUCAGGAGACAUAAUGGUACCAGAAGGUGGUACUGCCAGAGUCUCUUGUCGUGCAAGAGGCAUGCCAGAACCUCGUGUUCUUUGGAGGAGAGAAGAUGGAGCUGAUAUCGUUAUCAGGGACCCAAAUGGUACCAAAACUAAAGUUGCCAUGUACGAGAAAGACGUGUUAACACUGACGAAAAUAUCUCGUUCGGAUAUGGGCGCAUAUCUGUGCAUCGCGAGCAACGGUGUGCCGCCCACCGUGAGCAAGCGAAUUACUAUCAAAGUGCAUUUCCACCCGGUGAUCCAAGUGCCCAACCAGCUGGUGGGCGCUCCACUGGGUACUGACGUCACCAUAGAGUGUUACGUCGAGUCAUCGCCCAAGUCUAUCAACUACUGGGUCAGAGAUUCCAAUGAGAUGGUGAUAUCAUCAAGCAAGUACGAGGUGGUGAACACAGUGGUCAGCUCGUUCGAGAGCCGCAUGACGCUGACGGUGCGACGACUGACGGCAGCCGAUGUGGGGGGGUACCGGUGCGUCGCCAAGAACUCACUGGGAGAAGUCGAUAGCGUCAUCAGGUUAUAUGAAAUCCCAGGGCCAACUGUAAAGAACACGAGUCCAGCAUACAAAAGAGACGACUACAAGUACUCGACGCCGAUAGAGGGGCCUGACAAUCAAUUCGGUUCUGCUGACAGCUCAGAUGACGAAGAUGAACGAGACACGGCCACAUACACCACCGACAGACAUUCAAAUGCAUACAAACACGAAAACGUUACUAGAAACAGAACAAUCCAUUACCCCCCGACAACGGAACAAAAGCUCAGCAAUAAAGUCCGCAAAAUUAUUAACAAAUUCGAAAUAGAAGAGUUUGGUAACAACAGAUGUUGUGUGCACUCUCUUCUCGUAAUAAACUGUAUUCUUUCCUUAGCAAUUAUUGUAGUACUAGAUUAUACGUAGAGAAAUAUUUGUGCUAGCUGUUAUUGCUAAAUGUUUACAAUGUUCACCUAACAAUACUUCGGUAUUCAUUCCAGUAUAUUGUAAGUUACGUGGAUGCAAGAUUUUAGCCUUCGAAUAUUAAUUAAUUGAACGUUUUGAAGUGGAUGCGAAAUUGAUAUUGAUGAGAGAGUUCCGUAGCUAUGGAAAUUAAUAUUACAUUGACGCGAUAUCGAUACAUUACAUUAUUAUCCAUUAUAAUCGAAUAUUUAUAAAAGCUUCACCUACUCUGAUACGUGUGUGAUAUGAUACCAGAUUGUGAUGGAUAUAACAAAGAAGGCCACUUAUAUCAAACAGGCUAUUAUUGACUUAUCAGCCGUUAUUUUAACUAAGUAUUGGAAAAAUGCCAAAUGAUGAUGAAUCCGUCUGAUUACAACAUUUUCCUUUGAUUGGCAUACAUAAUUACAGAUUUUAAUUAAUCAUAGCACAGUGAAAUGCUUUAUUGUAAUUUUAAUACCUAAUUGAAUUAAAUAACACAUGAAUCAUGCAAUUUUAUGAACGAAUGAAAACAAAAGUUUUUUAAUAAAUUGUCUACUACUGAAAUUGGUUGUUUGUUUAAAAUAGCUAAUAAAUAUUCGGCAAGGGAAUAAAUGAAAAUGGUCAUACGGAACGAUCAAUUUUAAUCUGGCAGGUAGCUAAAUAACAAACUUAUUAUGCUUAUGUCGACAUAUUACGAGUAGAUACAUUUGUGAUUCCACCAAAAUCUACAUUCGAAAAAGUUACUUCAAAGUUUGUUUUUGUUUUCUUUAAGCUCUUCAGAACCGUCAUUUAUGCACGUUUUCCCACAAGAUUUUUACCCAAAAAUGAGUACUUGAAAAGGCUUGUCGUACACCGACAGACACGAUUUUUUAUUAAUGUAAAUGCGGCUUUAAAUGCGAAUCCGUGGCGGAUACAAGUAUGAAUGGAUGUUGGUGACAAUACUUUUUCUGAAUAUUUAAAAUUAUCAUCCCAUACCAUGUGUUGAGGUUUUGUUUCACUCUUAACGUUCGCUUUUGAAUUUUGCGCUACACGUUAAAUCUUUGCUCAUUUGUUUGUCUUUGGGAAUAAUGUUCAAAGUUAUUUUGUUAUUUUUUGUGUGUUACAAACAUGUGCAUAUGAUGGGUAAAUAAGAAAUAUUUUAUGUUGUAAAAACUUUCAUUCUGUUUCAAUAGUAUCUACAGUAUAUUUAUUCCAUAACCGAUUUACACUGGUGAGGAAGAUUUUAACACGUAGUUAAGUACAACAUACUAGCUUCCACCAGUGGUUGCAUCUCUGUUCUGUAGGAACUACUCUACUCACCAGGAUAAAAGUGUACAGCUUUCCUAGAUAAAAUAAGUUUUCUAAUACUGAAAUGUUUUCCUCAACUUUUCUACUUAUGUCCGUUCAUUUUGGGCAUAUAGCGAGCGAGUAUUUUGAGUGAACAAUGUCUCAAUUUCAGUCACGAGAAGGUAUUGCUUUGCAUUCUAGUAGUAGUUAACUAAUUCGAAUCUGUAGCAAAUGUUGUGAUG